CCAUCCGUCAAAAGCAUCAGUCCCUUAACUUCUUGAGGAUGAGCGCCCGUGUGGAUGCGGUGGCGUCCAGGGUCCAAACUGCUGUCACACUGAACCAGGUGUCUAAAUCCAUGUCUGGGGUGGUCAAGAGUAUGGAUGCUACACUGAAAAGCAUGAACCUGGAGAAGGUCUCUGCAUUAAUGGACAAGUUUGAAAAGCAAUUUGAAACUCUUGAUGUGCAGACAGCUCAGAUGGAAGACACGAUGGGCAACACCACGACUCUGACAACACCUCAGAAUCAAGUGGAUAUGCUGUUGCAUGAGAUGGCUGAUGAAGCAGGUUUGGAUCUUAACCUGGAGCUUCCAUCAGGCCAGACUUCAUCACUGACCUCAACUGUGGCCUCAACAGAGGAGGACGAGCUCUCCCAGAGGCUGUCCAGGCUCCGAGACCAGGCGUCAUAAUGAUGCAGAAAAGAGUUUGAGGAGUGAGAAGAGCAAGAGCAACGACAGAGAGACAGGGAGCAAAAAGUGGAAAAAGGACAAACGAAAAAGAUGCUACAUGCUUGCAGAGCUCUGUGCUCUAGUAAGGAAUAAUGAAGUUGCUUCAUAGCAGGAGAGGAUCGUUUUAAGAGAGAUGUUAUUCACAGUCCUGGUAUUCAUUACAUCACUCUAUGACAGCAUUACUUUGCAGGUUCAUAUUUAAAAUGUAUUUAUUAAUAUUUAUUAACUCAGCAAUAUCACUAUGCUAUGUGUUAAUUUGUUGUUGUUUUAAUUGUGUAUUGUUUAAUAGCCAAUUAGGCUAUAUAUUUAUGUAUUUAUUUAUUUAUGUAUUUAUUUAUGUAUGUAUUUAUGCAUUUAUUUAUGUAUUUAUUUAUUUACUGAUGGAAAAUUGCUAAGGGCAUGUUUUGACUGCAUGACUGAGGAUCUUUCCUGGUGCAGCUCUGGGAUUUGCUUCCAGUUUUGGUUGCAACUCAUACUCUUUAAAAAUAAUAUUUAAUCCAAAAAGAGGUCUCAUGAUAAUUAUUUGCCUUGAAACAGUUGGAAUAUUUUAAAUUUUCUUUACGCAGCCGUCACCACUGCAGUGGGUCAAAAUGCACUUAUAUGCACAGACAGAAUGUAAUUAAAAUAAGUUUCAACAUGU